AUUUGCUUCAUGUCUACAGGCUUUCUAAGUUUUCUUGCAUUGGCUGGUAAUUGUGUUGAUGGCCACUUGUGAAGCUGUUAUGCAAAUGUUGUGCGGGGGCAACUGGCCAGUGCCUUGCCUUUUCAGUUCUGAUCCUUCUUUUAGCAAAUCAGAGUCAACAUGUGUUUCUAGAUCCUCUGUUAGAUAUAGAAAGAGAAGGGUUUCAAGUCAUAUUCAAUUCCUCAAAUGUUCAAGUAUGGUAAGUAGGAGCAUCGGUAUUCAGUGGCUUCCAAGUAUAGGCAGGUUUUCAUCUGGAAAUGCCAGAGAGGAUGUAUUAGGUCUUGGAAAAUGUGAAUGCUAUUCGGCUGAAAAUUUGAGUGGGAUAACGGCAGAGAAUGGAAAUGGAUCAUGGUAUGUUGAUAAUGCAAAGGAAUUCAAUACAAUUAAUGUUGACAAACCUAAUGUUCUACAAUUCGAGGAUGUUCCAGAGUUGACACAAGAAAAGAAUGUUUUCACAUCCAACGGGACAGUCAGAGAUACAUUGCACCGGGCUAAUGUUAACUCUAUUGAGGAUGAAGCAUGGGAACUGUUGAAAGAAUCUAUGGUUUACUACUGUGGUAGCCCUGUUGGGACAAUAGCUGCUACAGACCCCACCAGUUCCAAUGUUUUGAACUAUGAUCAGGUCUUUAUUCGAGACUUUAUACCUUCUGGUAUAGCUUUCCUAUUAAAGGGGGAGUAUGAUAUUGUUCGCAACUUCAUCCUUCACACUCUACAGCUGCAGAGCUGGGAGAAGACUAUGGACUGCCAUAGUCCUGAUCAAGGGCUGAUGCCUGCUAGUUUCAAGGUGCGCACAGUCCCCCUGGAUGGUGAUGACUCUGCAACAGAAGAGGUACUGGAUCCAGACUUUGGAGAGGCUGCAAUUGGACGUGUAGCCCCGGUUGAUUCUGGUAUGCAACCAUGCCAGCCAAUUGGUUCUGUCAAAAUAAGAGAAACCUCCUUGUAUUUGGAUUUUAUAGAUGGGGGUGUCUUAUAUUGUGCUGUAAAUUUCAGGAUUAUGGUGGAUUAUUUUGUUGCGUGCAUAUGGAAAAUGCUCUGGAGAUCUCUCGGUUCAGGGGAGAAUUGA